CGUCAAACCCACCUCAAAACACCUCCUUAUAACAUGGAGCCCUAGAACUACUACGCUACACCUUUGUACUUGGAGCCCUGGAUCGAUCUAGCGUUUUCCUCACCUCGGCGGCUGAAGUGCCUUCUCUUAUAGACCCUUUAAGCCCAUCCCAGACUCGACACUAAACAUCCAUGAACAUCAACUUGUAGUCAGCUGCGCUGACACAUCUCAGGUUCUGUGCUGCUGGGAGCUUGCAGACCUUCAAUGAGACCUCCCAUGCCAACUGAGCUGCCGCGCUUGGUGGCGAGCUCGCCGUUGGCGUGAGCACGUGGUGAGCAUGUGAAAACGGCGGGCUGCUGGAGGGUGGCAGGAACAAGAAUUGGUGAACAAGAAUUGGUGGCACAAGAUGCCUUGGUGAGGGAACACCACAUUCGAGAUGGCAACCAUAGAUGAUUUUGGGGGAAGACUGUGGUUAAAACCCCUUGGUGAGGGAACAUGUCCGGAAGAUGAGUCAAUUUUGGUUACCAUUGAUUUUUUGUGAAAACCAUGUCCGCGUUAAAUUCCUACUUUUGCUGAGGUUGGGUCCGGAGCCAAAACCUGCUCAGGCAGGUUGCGGAGACCCGCAGGAGGCUAUGACUGGAAUGCCCGUGGAGCUCCUCGAAGAGGACUCGGGCCAUGUUGUCAUAGCCACUUUCUACUUGGACAGGACGCUGAAGCGCGUCUCGUUGAAGCUGCCGGAGGAGCACCGGUACUACCGGAUGCAAGACAUGAUCGCCAUUUUUCGUGACAAAGAGUUCACCAACUUGGUCCCCAGCCUGGCACAUCUGUCGCCCCGCUGCCUGGCGGUGGAUUUCUGCACGGAGAGGGACUUCCGGCUGUGCUUUCAGUUCCAGGACUCGGACGUCCGCGACAACUUCUACAGCUGCCUCAAGAGCCUUGGGCGAAGAUGCGUGGUUGGCGUUGUGCUCACGCGCUUUUCCUCUUUUCUUCGGGCGGAAGACCAGUGGCGCAAGGACCAUGGUACUGCCCCGAUGACGGAGAUCCUCCGGGCCUUUCAGCUACCUGGCGACGAGGUGCCGGAAGGGGUGAAACGCCUUUGCACCGCCACCUUCGUCAUCAAGGGACUUCGCACAAAGUAUUGCAAGGUCACCAAGGCCUGUGUCAAGGAGUUCGACCACUUUUGCGGGUCAGCCGCCUUGGCUUCCGAAGCAUGGUUAUUGGAAGCGCCUUCACGGGUAAAGGAGAGCCGAAAAGGGCCGCAUGGAAUGCUUGCGAUUGGUCAGAUGGGUCGGAAUGCGAUUCUCACGGACAGGCAUCAGCAUGCCUGGACACCCCCCUUCAAGUACAUGAUGCAAAUGGAUGAAGAUGUGGACAUGAAGCUGCAUUUUCAUGCAAAGGUGCCGACGAUGGCGCGGCGGGAUGAGGUCUGGGAGCGGAAGCGGCAAGCCUUCUUGGCCAGGCAGAACGGCGAUGCAGCCAGCGCGGUGAGCCGACCCAGCGGUCUUGGUGCUGUCUCGCAAGCACGGUAUCAAGGUCGGGAGGGCCGCCACAGUUCGCCCCUCUCACGCCUCGUCCAUGAGGGCUACCCUGAUGUGCCGCCACCCGAAACCCAGGGCACCGACACCAGGCAAUAUGGCAUGCAGGCCUAUGCUCAGGGUGGUUCGCGGCCCAACAGCCAGUCGCGACAGCCCUUGCAGCAACAGCCGCAGCAACAGGAAGGCUUCCACAGCGGCGUGGCGCAACAGUGGUCCAACAACGUGCAACGGAACAUCGUGGUGCACCAGCAACAGAACGACCCGAACUUCACGGGGCCGAAGAAGCCCCAAGGAUAUCGAGUCUCACAAUCUCCUGGGGGGCCCAGCUCCAUUAACCUCUCCUGGAACGAGGCUCCCAACCGGGCUCCGUCGCCCGCACGGGUGGCCAAGCCGGAGGCGCCGGUCGGUGGCGCUCGUGGGGCCUCCCCUGCACGCAUGUUGGAGGUGGUUCAUCCAAGCCGCUUGCCUUCUGGCGUGGCCGCUGUCCCUCAGGAGGCUGCGUCUCCCGCCGGAGUGGGCGUACGUCAACCCUCCCCAGCGAACGGGCGCUACGAACGCUACGAGGGUGCUGCCGGCCUGGCUGGUCCUCCAGCCCAGCGACACCCCUGCUAUGGGGAUCCGCAGGUGCAUGCGGGCGGUGCGGCUCCACGAGCGAUGCCCAGCUAUGAUCCACAGGCAGCCGGUCUAGCACACCCGCCUGCUGGGCGACACCCCUGCUAUGGUGACCCGCAGGUCAACCUCGCUCAGCCUAGCGGGCCCAGCGGGCCCAGUACGCAGCAGGCACGUCCUCUCUAUGAUCCGCAGGCGCCUGCCGCAGGGGCCAAAGCGCCCGCGCCUGCACAACGACACCCCUGCUAUGGGGAUCCUCAGGCAGCAGCGCUGCCUCCAAGGCGGACGCCUUCGCCCUGCAAUGGUCGGGCGAAAGAGGUGCCGAUGGCGGCCGCUGGCUUUCAGGCGCAUCAGAUGCAUCGAGGAGGUGCUCCCUACGCGUAUGAUGGAGGUCCAGCAGCGGGGCUUCCACCUCCUUUGCCGCGGGAGGCACGCGCGCAGGACCAGCCCUUGGGCCGCGAGCAGCCGCGCGUCUCCUCCAACGCGUAUGCGUGCGGCGGCAACCAGAACUGCGGCAACGUCAUCACCGACCGGCGCUCGCGGGGGCGCAACCAUCGCUUGUUCAUGGCCUUGGUCGUGGUAGAGGUCACAGUGCAGCUGAUUCACCUUGCCAUGUGCUUCGCCUUUCUGCAGAAUUCCGUCACCGGCGAGACGUACAGCGCUUACGCUUACAACAUGGCUACGCAGUAUCCCAUGGUGGUUUUUGUUGUCAUGAUGCAUAGUUUCUCUUCGCCAGGCAUUGCCUUCCUUCUCGUGAACCACCUUUACCUGGCUGCCGUGAACUUGACCACCAAUGAGAUGAUCAACGCCUAUCGCUAUGAUCACUUUUGGCAGGUCAUCGAUGGACGCAAGGUCUUCCGGAACCCCUUCAACAAAGGAGUCUUGAAGAACUGCUUGGAGUUCUGGUGGUAUCGAGAGCGCGACAGGUGA